UAAAUUCAUCAAAUGAUAUUCUAGAAUUGUCCAUGGUCAAGGAAUGGGGAAUCCCUUAAUACCAGAUGUGUUGAUCUGCUAUUGGUUGAUCGGCGCUAUAAAUAUCCCGGGGGUGUUUCCCGAAGAUUAUUUGCAAUUAAGAUUUAUUACUUAAUCAACAGUAGUUAACAAUAAUAGUAUAAUUAAAUAGAAAUUAGUAUAAAUUAAAUAAAAUGGGACAAUCAAAUCAACCCCAAGAGAGAGCAGUUGUAACUGAAGAAUAUGGAACUGCAGCACAGCCAAAUUUAUAUCAAUCACCUAGAGAUCAAGUUGAUGGGAGUAGGUCCAUUGAUGAACUCAGGAGGGUCUAUAAAACAUACCCUAAGGAUGAUGAUGUACAUGAGUAUUACUUGGAAUUACGUAAUGAUGUGAAUGAUUUGUUUGAUAAACAUCUUCAUGGAGCUAAUGCAAGGGAAAAAUCCUAUGAAAUCUUGGACCUUGUACGUAGGGGAUACAACACUGUCAAAAAGUUGAUGACGUAUACUCGUCAUACACAAGUACAGGUCCGAUUGUGCUUAGCCGCUUUAGUUAGAGGACGAUACUAAACAUUCUCUUAAUGACAAAGUCUAUCAGAGUCUAUCUAAGUCUAAAAACACUGAAUGACCCUGGGCAUAGUUCGGGGUGUAUCUAAUCCAUUCGCAAUAUGACUUUAGCCUUACCAUGAUAUUUGCAAUUUCAAAGAUAUAUACUUUAAAUAAAUAUUCUGGUGUUUGCAUUUUUAAAAAUAAAGAAUGUAAAUAAUAUUUUAAAGUGAACCAUGAGUGGAAAAUAUUUUUUCACGUUC